UAAAAUGAAAGCUUAUAAUUUAUUUCCCGCUUUAGUAUCACCCCACAUCAGUUCAUCAUACAUUAGUAGAUAUGAAUUACGCUCCUAUUCACCAUACUUUAGAGAACGCCAUCAUCACUUAUGAUAUUAUUGAACAGCAAAACUUUCAAAAAGAUUUAGUAAAGGAUGUUUUCUUUUCUCCAGCUAUAGAUACUUGCCGAGAAAUGUCUCCUCAACAAAGCGACAACGAAUCUGAUAUAAUCUCUACUACUUCUUCAUCAUCAUCAUCAUCUUCUUCUUCUUCUUAUUUUUCUUCACAAAAAUCUCCUAGUGAAUUGUUACUAGAUAAUAGUAAUGAAACUCUUUUUGACUUUGGUCUUGAUUUAGCUACUAUUAGUACCACUGAUACAUAUCAGUCCACAACAAGUUCUUAUGAAGAAGUUAUGUUAUCUGCUGUUAACAAAAAUAAACCCACGUUUACUCUUUCAAAUUUAAAAUCUUAUGAUACGUUGAGCACAUUGUCUGAUCUACCUACCCCUCCUGCUUCUUCAAGUGACUCGGACCAUGGUUAUACAGGUAUACAAACUAAACGUCGUUGCUCUGAUUCUGUUCUUCAAGAUCGUUUGAAAAAGAAGAAGCGUUCUACUGCUCAUUUAAGAACUUCUUAUCACUGUCUACCUACGACUGCUAUUGCUACUACUACUACUACUACUACUCUUCCUAUCGAUUCUCCUUAUAUAUUAUCAACUUUAAAACAAGAAGAUAAUUUUCUUAUUAACAAUUAUAAUUGUUUUGAUGAAGGAAACUUUGAACAAGUUCAAAAUAGAUCAUCCCUGGAAGAUAACCGAUUUGAUUCUAGUUUAACUCCCGCAUCAGAAUUCCGACAGGAUACUUUCAAAGAUGAAGAUACAUUUUCAACGACUUCAUGGGAAGAAGAGGGAUUAUCAGAUUCGUGCGGUAGUGAAGAUGAAGCUUUUGUAAUACCAUCCAAGAUGAGUCAUACUUUAAAAUCUUUUUCAUUUAAUGAAAUGAAAGAGAUGUACCAAACGGAGCAAAUACAAUUACCAAAGACCUCUCCUCGUCCAACUGCUUAUCCUACUAUUUAUCAAAAAUUAACAAAAGCUAAUAUCGAUUGGUGUCGAUACUGUGGUACAACUGAGGGCGUUAAUUGGCGUCCAGGACCAUGGGGAAAACGAACACUAUGCAAUAAACAUGGAUGUGAUUAUAAAGGAUAUGGAUUUGCAUGUAAAUUACCUCGACUUGAUCUUACAGAAUUUAUAAAUGAAUCUAUUCAUGACCGAAAACGACCUGUUUUACAACUUUAUUGCUCAAUCUGUCAACGUAAGGAAUCAUGGGAGGGCAAUGUUCUGGUUCGUUGUGAGGGAUGUCCUAAGGCUUAUCAUCAAAAAUGUCAUCACCAUCAUAAUAAACUUAAUGACAGUUUUGUCGCAUCAAAUGAAAUAUGGUUUUGUGAUGCAACAUGUGCUGAGAAUGCCCAACGCAAGCGAAUCAUUGUUGAAUUACCUCGUAAACGUCUUCCAUUAAUGCGUUCUCCUAAAAAUAUCUUAUCUAUAAACUCUGUUUCUUCUGAUACCUCUCGAGCAAUAACAACAAAGUUUUAUAGUGGCGAAUCUUCCCCUAUGUUUACAAGAUAAAAUACCUAUUAUUAUAUUCUUAAUUUAUACAUGUAUAUAUUCAUAUAUUUUUUCCCCUUUUUUUUUUAAAAAAAAAUUUUUUUUCUAUGCUACAAUUACUUUAUAUCAUUUAUAUUUAUUUAUAUAUUUCUUUUUUUCUUCUUCUUUUAUGUAGAAUAUAUCAUCAUCCUUGUAUUAAU